AUGGCGACGGAAUGUAUGAUGAACUCAGGCCGGGAUUCAACACAGCGUGUGGAAUUUGGUUGCUCGGAGGAGUCGAUGGUGCCAGAGAAAUUCGUCUGGCCCGACGAGUUUAAACCAAAGGAGGGGUUGCCGGAGCUGCAAGUUCCACAUAUUGACUUGCAAAAGUUUUUAAGUGGAAAUCAAAGUGAUAUUGAAGAGACAAUAAGGUUGGUGGAUGAAGCUUGCAAAAAGCAUGGAUUCUUUUUGUUGGUGAACCAUGGAGUUGACAUGGAAUUGGUGAAAAAACUUCAUGAGUGUAUGGAGGAGUUCUUUACUUUUCCUUUUGAUGUCAAACAAAAAGCUCAAAGAAAAUUUGGUGAAAAUUUUGGGUAUGCUAAUUCCUUCAUUGGACGAUUCUCCAAUAAACUUCCAUGGAAGGAAACCUUAUCCGUUCCUUAUGUUGCUGAUCAUCAAAAAUCCACUGCUCACGAUUUUAUCUUUCAAAUAUAUGGCAAUGAACUCUCCCAUCAUGGGAAGGUGUAUCAGGAGUGUGGAGAAGUAUUGAGUGAAUUGGGUUUGAAGAUAGUGGAGCUUUUGGGGUUAUGCCUUGGGGUUCCAAAAGAGAAGUUCAGGAAAAUCUAUGAGGACAAUGAAUCAAUAAUGAGGCUAAAUUAUUACCCACCAUGCGAGAAGCCAGAGUUGACAUUAGGAACUGGGCCUCAUUGUGAUCCAACCUCCAUAACAAUUCUUCACCAAGACCACGUCAGCGGCCUUCAAGUUUACGUGGAUGAUGAGUGGCACACAAUUCCUCCAACAACAGACUCCUUUGUCAUCAACAUUGGUGACACGUUCAUGGCACUGACAAAUGGGGUUUACAAGAGCUGUUUACACCGAGCUGUAGUGAAUUGCAAGGAAUCAAGAAAAUCAAUGGCUUUUUUUCUAAAUCCAGCAGCUGACAAAGUGGUGAGAGCACCGGAUGAAGUGGUGGAGAAAAAUCCACCAAGAAAAUUCCCAGAUUUCACAUGGCCAAUGCUUCUUGAACUCACCCAAAAAUUUUAUAGGUCGGAUUCCAACACUCUCAAGGCCUUCAUUCCUUGGCUUGAAGAACAACAAAAGUUGGCUAAAGAUACUAAUACUGCACCACCUCUUUAA